AUGGACCCCGACACCGAGUCAUUACUGGUGUCAACCUGCCUGGCCCUCGGAGGAUUUGAAGACAAGUCUGAAAACCUCGAUGACACUUCCCGGGUCUAUGUCAUGGGUGAUGAGUGUCUCGAGUGUUUGAAGGAUAUCAAAAAGUUUAUCAAGUACUAUGAGGAAGCAGGAGACAACGUGGCGCUCACAUUUCUGGGAAAGAUGGGUAUCCUGGAGAAGGAUCUCAUCCCUAUCAUUCUCCUCAACUCGCCCGCCGACAACAGUACCAAAGAACGACUUGUUCUUGCCUGCAGUAAGAUCUCGGCACAAAAGGACGCAUUGAUGGAGAGGGUUGAGCUGAUGGUGCCGAUGACAUGGAUUAUUGACUAUGAGGAGCUGAAAAGGAUCGCCACUGCAGAGGAAGACCACAGCAUUGUAGGAAACCUGUAUGAAAAGAACGAGAUCUUGCGAAGCUACAAGAAGGCGUUUCUUCAACCUGGAGUUCUGGACGCUGUCUUUAAUGUCCUAUUGCGACCACUUCAAGUCGAGUACCGAGUUAGGACUACCAGAGACACGGCUAUCAUUCGUCUUGGACUCUCACUCUUCCGUAACUUGGUCGCUAUCAGGGAUGCUGAGGUCUCUCUGGCUGGAUCUAUGGAUCAGUUCCUCAGUUCCAUCAUGCAGGAUCAACUACUAGAGCGAUUUCAACAGGAGAACGUCAUGUCGUUGCUGGUGACGCUGGCGUCUUCCUCAAAGGAUGCUCAGCUCGCAGAAUGGAAUGCAAUCAUCAUGGAGAUCUUUUACUACAUUUUCUCGGGAGUUGAUCCAGAAGAGUUGAUGCCAGGAGUUGUUUCGUCCACUGGCUCAGUCAGGAAUUCAAAACUGGAAGAGCUGCUGCAGAAGGAGGAGAGGGAGAAGCAAGCCCAGUCGACAGCUGGAAGGAAACGACAUGAUCGCUUUGGCACAACAGGAGAAGCCCGUCUCACGGAUGGACGGAGGAUGGUUCUUCAUCAAAAGGGUGCUCUUUUUUCGUCGAUCGAAAAGCAACUGGACAAUGUCAAGAAGCCCAAGGCUAAAACCAAACGUCUGAAGGAAUUGGGCGAGUUCAAAAAGACACUCUCGAGAUCAGGAGCAGAGAACCUUCGGAAUAUUGCGUUGACUGUGCUGGAGAGUUGCUUCAAUCCAUUGUAUGAAUCCAUUCGCAGGGAUAUCGAAAUGGGAAGAGAAAGGGUUAAGCCUUACCAUUUGGGACAAUUCCAUGUCUUGAUGACGUUCCUACUCCAGUUCAGACGGCUAUAUGUGGACAACCUGAUCAAGCAACCCCGUCAGACCAAGAAGGACGUUAUCGAGCAGGAUAUGAAGAGAUUGUCGGAGAUGAUGAAGACUUUCUUACGACAUGAGCCCGAACGCCUCCAAGAACUGAUGGCCAUCGUGGAUGCACAGGACUGGGGCAAAUUACAGCAGCUCAGCGACAGCGCACUCUCGGCACAUCAACAAGCAGUCUACGGGGCCAAGAAGGCCGAGAUUAUGCGUGUUCAGGAAGAGAAGCUGUCGCAACUUGAAGAGGAAUACCGGAGAAGUGUCGAAGCCAUGGACUAUGCUUUGAUUUCCACUGCAGUCGAAAAGACGAGUGUUUUUCAGAUUAUUCGGUACAUUCGCGCACAGGUGGAACGCAAUGACAAGGAUUUGACGAAUGAUAUCAGAAAGGCGUUGGAUUGCUUCCAAGAGAUGCUUGUGGCUCUGAAUGGCAUGUACAAGUCGCCAAACGAGCAGUACCGUGAAGCGUCCGACAACGUCCAAAACAACUUGUACUAUGAGGAAGGCACACUCGAGUUGUUCUUGGAUCUGGUCAAAGGAUACAAGAGACAAUCGCCCAAAUACUUGAUGACGCUGAUCAGGAUGAAUCACAUUCUACUCAAGACUCUGGAGACGUAUUCACAGGAGAAGUCCUACAUUGCCAUCAACAAAAAGCAUGCUACGAGGCUGAAGAAGAAUAAAACCAACCCCGCUUCAGAGGAAGCGGACAAAGACGGCGUCCCACAGACUGAGAACCCGGAUGAACCUGCCAAGGGUCAAGAGCAAGAGGGAGAGCCUCAGCUAGAGACCGAGGAUCAGCCUGAGACGCAGGAUGAGCACAAUAACGACCAGGAUUCAGACAACGAGGAGUUGCCACUUUACACCUAUAAGGAGCAUAAGUUCGUCUUCAAGGACUUUGAGAGACGAUACGCAAACGAGAUUGUUCUUGCCACAUACUGCACUUUCUUGGAGAACUUUGCUGAGUUGAGCGACAUUCAACUUCGAUGGGUGGCGGCGAUGUUUUAUCGUAUGGCUAUCAACUGUGCCAACACUGCAGUCUUCUACAAGGCAUCGACUCUGCAGCUUUUUCACCAAAUCCUAGACAGCGGACUGUUGGACCCCAAAGGUGACCUUGUCCGCUUCAUAUACCACCUGUUGCGUCAAUUCUUCAAGAAGCUCCAGGAAUAUCCGCUCUUGGUGAUCGAUGUGUUUGCACCCAAGACAAGACGAAUUUGCCUGGAACUGAAUAUUGGACGAUUGGAGGCCGAGAAGACUGACAUUGAGGUUUCUGCAAAGAAGGAAAAGCGACUUAUGGCGACUGAAUUGGAGGUCGACUCUAACAGAUCGGAGGAGGAGCAGAUCAAAAUUGCCGUGAUGGCGCUUUACGACGAAGACAAGAGCGAUCUGGUGGAGUGGGCCAUCGAGAUUCUCAAGAACGGUAUCGUGCAGCGAGAACUCAUGACGUUCCGAACAGAGGACGAGUUGGCCGAGAACCCUGACUUGAUGCAUUCCGUUGAAGGAGUGGAGGACAUACCCAUCGUUGCGAACACUCCUGCUAGACAAACAUCGCUUCGCAUCGAGCCCCGCUUCCGUCUCUUGUUCAAGCUGAUCAAGUUUACACGCAAUGACCACGGAGACGAUUUCCAGUUCAAGAUUCCAAAGGACCUUCCAACAGACACGAUGCAGCAAUUCCAGGAUAUCAUUGAAUCGGUCGAUCAAGACUUAUCGGCGGAGAGUACUCCGUAUGACUUUGAAAACCUGAUCAAGAAGAUCAACAAGCCCUCGAGUAGUAGGAAGCGAGGGAUUGGCGGAAGUCGCGUUAUGGCUCAGCAGGAGGUUGUGGCUUACCACUCUGCAGAGUACGUUGUUGACUCUGAGGAUGAGAACGAUGCGUACUUUGAGGUCGAGCGGGAGCUGAGGGCUCGGAAGGCCAUUGAUUUCUCAGAAGCGGAGAAGAGGCACCGGGAGAUGAUUGAAAACAAUGAGCGGAUGAAGGCUCAGAAGCUGAAGGAGGUUGCUCAGGCGAAGCGUACGGUGCUGAAAGGAACGUCUGUUUCUUUGACAGACAACGGACACAACAGGAAGGAUAGCGAUGAUGACGCUGGACGGCCGUCGGCUUUUCCUUCUCCUCCCCCACGUCGGAAGACCUCAGUUAAUCUAGACAGCGACGACGAUAGUGAUCUUAGCGAUGACAAGAGCACGAGUCGACGAUCCCCGCCCAAGAGCACAAGCGAUGUUGAGAGUGAUGAUAGUCAGCCAAGUCAGGCAGCGGUUACUCCCAGGAGAGCGACCAACAAUGCUGCAGUAUUAAGUCGUCGUCUGGUCGAUUUGGAGGACUCUGACGAUGACGGUUACUCCGAGAACGAGAGCGAGCAGCAGGCGACGCAGCCACUGCCGGAGCCUUCAAGGACGCCAACCCAGACCAACAAGCGGAGAAUCAUCCUUGAAGACUCUGAGGAUGAAGACGACGACAAUCACACGCAAGGCAGCCCCGCCAAAAAGAAGCACGCGUUUGAAGAAUAA